GUUUCUUACACGGGUGAGGCACUAACAAGAAACAGACGCCAUUUUGGCUCUGUGGCACACUAGCGACCGGUUGAUUAACAUAUCUAUUUUGAACCACAGUGGAAAUGUUCCUGAUUUGUUUAUCUGCUGACAACCGUAACAAGUAACGUAGCAGUCUAAAGUAGAUUCUUAGUCAGUUUUUUCAGCACUAACAUACUAUUUGCAUAUGUGCAUAGGCUAAUGUUAUUACACGUAAUGCAGGGAAACAAACUUGUAUGUGUUAAAUGACUCGUUGAGUAUGGAGGGGUCCGACGACGAGCCGUCCAGCUGCGAAGCCGAGUACACGGUGAGAAAGUCCCCUGUGAAAGAAGUAAAGGGGGAAAAAAUUGAGGAAAGGGCAGCAGUGGGAGCCGCUUCUUCCUUUGGCUUCUCGGGUAUUGACACCUUGAGCGCCCUGAAGCUCCACAGAAGCAGUCAUUCUGCGGAGAAAAGCCUCCGCUACCUGCACACUUUAUGGAGCCCUGGCGCUUUAUUUCAGACCGAACCGACAGGAGGUAAAAUGACCGUGAGCAGAACCAGGAGACUGGGAAGAGUCCGGAGGAACCUGGGACCUUUAGGCAAAGACCUUUACGCUUUGAAGAGACUCAGAGAAGCAGCCAAUGGCAACGACAUUGACACUGUACGUAGGUUACUGCAGGAUGGCACUGACCCCUGUGCUGCAGAUGACAAAGGAAGAACUGCUUUACAUUUCUCUUCCUGCAACGGCAAUGAGAGUAUUGUUCAGCUAUUGCUAAGCCACGGUGCUGAUCCAAACCAGCGCGACAGCCUUGGGAAUACUCCUCUUCAUCUUGCUGCCUGUACCAACCAUGUGCCUGUCAUCACUACCUUACUGAGAGGCGGUGCCCGUGUAGAUGCAUUGGACCGUGCAGGAAGAACCCCCCUACAUCUUGCUCGCUCAAAGCUCAACAUAUUACAAGAGGGAGAGUCCCGUAGCUUGGAAACCUUACGAGGAGAAGUCACUCAGAUCAUUCAGAUGCUACGUGAAUACCUGAAUGUGAUGGGGCACAGUGAGGAACGUGAAAGGCUGGAGCAUAUUUCUACCCAACUACAACAGACCCACACUAAAGAACAGGUGGAUGAGGUGACUGACUUACUGGCCAGCUUCACAUCUCUAAGUAUACAAAUGCAGAAUAUGGGAGACAGGUAGAGAAGAACAUACAGAGGCUUACAGAAGG